AUGAUAUGUUUGCCGCUGUUUAUUUUUAUUAUAAGUGCUUUCCAUUCCAAACGACAUGGUUUUUGGUUUCAGGCGUCUGGAAUUGAUAGCAGAAGAAUUGGAGCAUGCCUCUUUUGCCAGGAAUUCUGGAUGGAACUUUAUGCACUUUACGAGAUUGGCGUCGCACGAGUCGAGGUCAAAACAGUAAAUGUGAAUUCAGAAGCAUUCAAGAAGAAUUUCCUUGGUGCACAGCCUCCUAUUAUGAUCGAAGAGGAGAAAGAGGCGACCUACACGGACAACCGUGAAAUUGAAGGACGAAUCUUUCACCUUGCUAAAGAAUUCCGUGUUCCUCUUUUCGAAAAGGAUCCUACCGUUGAAAAACGGAUAGAGAGUCUUUACAGGGUAAGUUCUUAA